CACGCCGUGUCAACAUAUUCGCCGCGUUGCACAUCCGCUCAUCCGCUGAAGGAGUGGUUUUAGAGCGCUCCCGACCAUCACGCCGUGCUCUCCUCAGAUUUCUCGUCAAAGAAAACAAGAGAAUUGUGCAUUGCUGCGCUCUCUUCAUUAUUUCCACGAACAGAUCCGAUCAGCCUAAGAGUUACGCGCUCUUAACCGACAUCUCCAUUCAGGCUUUUCUAUCUGUCCUUCAAUGCGUGAUAUCCUUCUAUCCGGUACUGCGGGUUUUUUUUCUUCCUGCGCGGCGGCCUUUGCAGUUCAUAGAGCACUCUGGAAAGCUGCUGAGGAUCAAUCGCAGCAAUUGGACGAAUUAGCGGGUCGUUCGCAAGCUCAUUCUGUGAUUGCACCGAAACGGAGACUUGCGGAUUCUUUUGAAGGCUUCAUCUUCCGUCGGUUUAGCCAAUGGUGGAAUUCAAGUGUGGAUAACGUACAUGGUCGUCUUUUAGGCUUACCUGACACUGUCAACGGAAUCGUUCAAGAUGCCAAAUCUGGCAAUGAAUCUCCGCCUGUUUCCAAGUAGACUCAGUCGCUUCUGCGAUCUGUAAAGAAAAUAGAGGCACUCUUUAAGUAGCA